GGAUUGUUUAGAACAAAAAGCAGAGGAUGCGAAUAAACGAUGGAUAGAAAAACGUAAACAAUUGACAACUGCUGAAAACAACGUUGCUAAACUUAAACACGCACUAGGCAACAUUAAAAUAACUUCUUAUCAAACAGCGAUUAACCGGCAACAACCUUGGGGACAGAGAAAUAUAGCUAAUCACAAUCUAAAUGAUGCGAUCGAUAAUCAACUGGAGCAGCAACAGCAAAUUCGUCGUCGUUGA